AUGUACCAUCUUCUGAAAGGUCUUCAUGAGCACCUUACGCGGAAGGAAGAAUUCUCUGUCAUUAUUAUCGGGCUUGACGGUGCUGGCAAGACGACUCUUUUGGAGAAGAUAAAGACACUCUACAAUGAGACUCCUGGACUCACGCCAGACAAGAUUGGACCUACAGUUGGACAAAACACGGGAACUGUAACACUUCCUUCAACUAUUCUCCAGUUCUGGGACCUCGGUGGCCAGCGAGGUAUCCGCAACAUCUGGCAUCGAUACUACGACGAUUGUCAUGCUGUCGCGUUCGUCGUUGACGCGGAGGACAAAGAAAGGCUCAGCGAAGGUUGGGAGGUCUUCGAAACUGUACUGUCUGCACCUCAGAUCCUCAACGUGCCGCUUCUGCUGAUUGCCAACAAGCAAGACUCUCCCAACGCUCUUUCCGUAGAAGAGAUACGACAGGACUACGAGGAUUGGCACCAACGCAAAAUCGAAAACGCGCGAAGAGGCGCACAGUAUGAGCGCGAGAAUGAUCGUAGAGACCGAAUCGCUAGCUUGGAUGUUAUGGGCAUUAGCGCAAUUGAAGGAACUGGCGUCAAAGCUGCUGUUGAUUGGCUUUUCAUUCGCGUACAGAACAGUAGAAGGUCGGUAACUGUUGCUUUCUUUACUUGCUGCUUACAAUCUGGCAGGGAUCCACAGAAAGGCAUCGGUCGAUAG